AACCCGCACGAGAGCGUUAGAGAAGUAAAAUCACCGUACAACAUCGAGUGAACAUCCUGCUAAAACAUGUCCUGGGAUAUUGUGCCGCUAUCAAAGUGGGAUUUUGGAUAUUUUGACCGACAGCGAGAUUUGUUCUCGGAAUGGCUGCAUCUUUUUGACGAUGACUGGCGAAUGGGGAGUUUUGAAGAGUCCCGAAUCCGGUUUGAUAAGGAACUGGACAAGAUUCGGAGAGAAAUGCUUCGGAUGGACGAACAACCAGUGAAUCUGGAUUUACGACAGCCUUUCAUUACAGAUCCAAAAGGGCAACAUAAAUUUAGCUUGAGGUUUAACUGCAGCAAGUUCAAGCCAAAUGAAAUAACCGUGCAGACCCAAGACAACACAUUGAAAGUCCAUGCAAGACACGCUCACGAAGAAGAUGGCCGUAAGUUUUACCAAGAAUUCUUCAGGGAGUGCACACUUCCGGAAAACGUGGAUCCAAAAAAGCUGCAGUCCAGUCUAACCAAUGAUGGCGUUCUCCAAAUCGAGGCUCCAGUCCAGCCAACGGUUGUUGCCCCUAAGGAGCAUCUAAUACCGAUAGAUCAUCUGAAAAAAGAUUUGAAGAAAGAUAAACAAGUUGUGGCAGUUGAAAAAGAAAGGGGAGAUGGGAAAUAAGACCCUAUCAGUGUUAAAGAAAGUUUUGUCAAUGGUAUUAAAAUCUGCAAUUUUGAAGUAAUGAAAGAUAACUCUUGACAUCAAGAAAAUAUUCUAGAAUGAAUACGUAACCAAACGUUUAUAAAUAAGUUUGAAGUAAUUGAAAUAAUAUUACAACAUGAAGAAAUUAAAAAAAGUCUGUUUUAACACAAACCAUAAAGAAUGAAGAGCUGAGUUUAGGCCUGUUUGCAGUGAAUGUGUAUUAGCAAGAGGAAAACCAUUGACAAAUACAGAAGACCAAAAGCAAGAUUACGCUAUCAUAAGAGAUCUAAAAAAACGAUGGGGAAAGUUUUGUUUUGUUCAUUGAAGACAUUUAUGUUCCAUGUUAAUUAACAAACAUUUAUUUUCUAGUUUUUCACGUUUCAGAAAUCCUGAUUUAAUUUUCCAAUAAGCUUCAUUUAUCUGGCCUAUCCACAUCUUGGCUGUUGCUGCAGAAAAUGAUCGUUAGUUGAUACAACAGGUGAUAAGGUGAAAGAGAAGUAUGUUAACAAUGGCAUUACUAACUACUUUUUAUCUUGUCUGGCAGUUAUUAAUCAUUCAUUUAUUGUUGGCCACAGUUGGAACAGGAACUAUCCACAACCAUUGUGCAUGAAUAGGUCGAGGGAAAUAUAGAAACAGCUAAAACAGGGGCAAAUUUAUCAGCCUUUAGUACAUGUUUAAAUAAGUAUUAAUACAUUUAGUAAGAUGGACAUCUGAAGAUAAAAAGUGCCAUUUUUCAGCCAUAGAUCUUUCAACCUUUAUUAGGGUUUUACAAAAAGCUGCCAUAAUACAUUAUGCUACUACAUGUAUAUUUAACCAUUGACGUUAUAUUUGAUUACAUUCACUAUUUGCAACCAAUGAAAAAUACCUGUUAUAUGAUAGAAGUGGCAAGAUUGUAAAUAUCAGGUUGAUUUUUUAUAAAGUUUAUUACUGUUAGAAAGAUAGUGUUUAAAGGCCCAAUAUUACAACAAUAUUAUUUAACUUCUUAAUAUUGAAAAUUCAUAAAUCAAAGCAUGAAAAACUGGCAACUCAUUCAUGAAACUCAAAAUUAUUCCUGUCUUAGAAUUAGAAAUUGGUAACAAAUAUUCUUUGAUAAUUUUUUACAAGUAUUUUGUAUGAAUAAAUUAAAAAUUAUUUGAAUUUUCUAAAUAUCUAAGAUAAUUCGGUUUGGGCCUUUAACAUAAUUUUGUAUACUGAUUUUAUACCUACAUUUGUGUUAUUGUUAACGGAUAUCACAGUUUGUGUUCUUCAUUUACACAUUUGUACAGGAGGUUGUUUACUGAGAAUGUAUACAUAUAAAAAGGGAUUUUACAACAACUGAUUAGUAUAUUGUAUAUAAGAUAUCUUAAAAUUUAGAUAUAUUCAGAGGAAACUAAAAUACAGGCAUUUGAUAUCAUACUUUAGCUAGAGGAAUUUGCUUACUUGAUUUUCAAGAUCAUGUCAAAUAUUUGAAAUGUUAAGAACACUUUUUUUCGCCUUGCUAUAUCAUUAUCAAGCAAUCAAUAAAAAAAUCAGUUUGCUUUAAAAACAA